AUGACCUUUGAAGUUCUUUUCGACAUACCUGUGAAGAAGAACGAACAGAGCGGACCUCACUCGCACAGAAAGCCUUUUGGGAAAGGAUCGAGAAGUUGUGUGUCCUGUUACACGUUCCGUGGCAUAAUAAGAAAGCUAAUGAUGUGUAGGCGAUGUUUCAGAGAAUACGCCAAGGAUAUAGGAUUCGUAAUUCUCGAUUAG